CGUCUGAAGAUUGAGAUGGUGAACAUGGAGCACGAUGCCUUGUCGCAUAAGAGAUCGAGAAGGUUAUUGAAUUCUGAAUCAUCUAACAGGAGGAGCAGCGUUGAGGAGCAACCAAACACAUUCUGGACACAGAGUGCCCCUUUUGUUGCGCAAAGUUCCAGUACCACAUGGAGUUUCUGAAUCGGUUGCUCCGAUGUCAAAGAUGCCGGAACGCAUUUGAAGCUCAUGAAUCGCAGGAUGGUCUCAGGAAUCAAGAGCCAACGCAAUUCUGGACACAGUGCCCCUUUUGUUGCGCAAUGUCUCAAUACCGCCGAGACACUCUGGAUCGCUUGGUCAAUUGUCAGAUAUGCCGUCAAGCAUUUGGAGCUCAUGAAAUGAAGAAGAAAAGCGAUCAAUCUCUCAGGAAUCAAUUUAGCAAUACCCUGGAAUCCGCCCCGAGUCCCGCUAAAGCAGGUAACUUCAUCGAUCUCUCUGCUGAAACCCUGAACUAUUACGAUAGUGAUGAAGAGGUUAGGGUUCUUAGGUUCAAACCCUUCAAUAUCCCUUUUGGGAAAAGUAAGCGAAUAGAAACCUCAAACGAAGGUUCUUGUUCUACUUCCAAAGCCCCAUCUUUUGUUUGUGAAAUUUGUGUGGAGACCAAGCCGGCACACGAAUCGUUUGGUAUCAAAAAUUGCAGCCAUGUUUAUUGUACUGAUUGCGUUGGCAAAUACGUGGACUCGAAGCUCCAAGAAAACAUAGCAAGCAUUGGGUGCCUUGUACCCGAUUGCAAAGGGUCACUUGAUCCCGAAUAUUGCCAUUCGAUUCUAAAACCCGAUGUGUUUGAAAAGUGGGGAACAAGGUUGUGCGAAGAUGUGAUUAUUGGGUCUCAGAAAUUUUACUGCCCCUUUAAGGACUGCUCCGCAAUGUUGAUCGACGAUGGGACAGAGGUAGUGAGAGAAUCAGAGUGCCCUAACUGUAAAAGAUUGUUCUGUGCGCAGUGUAAGGUUCCUUGGCACGCGGGGAUUACUUGUGCCGAGUUUAAGAGGCGGAAUAAGGAUGAUACUGAAAAGGAUGAUCUUGUUAUGGAGAAACUUGCGUACAAGAAGCACUGGAGAAAGUGCCCAACGUGUGGGAUCUAUGUAGAAAGAUCAGGAGGCUGCACAACAAUGCGAUGCAGGUGCGGGACUUGUUUCAACUUCCAUUGUGGACGACUGGGUUGUCCAUUUUGUGGAAAACACAGAAAGAAAGAUUCUAGAACUAUGGGCUACUUCGUAUUCAUGAAGGAGUACAGAAGGAUUCAGCGGGACCCUAUACUGCUAAACUUGCUAUUGAGAAAUGGAGAUCCAUGUCUCGUUCUGAAAAAAAACCCUAUGAGAACCCAGAGAUGAAACCGAUUAGAAUCUUCCGGGUGCGAUCGAAGAUGUCGAGUAAAGAAGGCUAAUGGAUGAGUAGAAUGAAGCAACAUAAGUUACUUAGUUGAUGCCCAGCUACAUUCAUUUCUUUCUUAAUUAAGUUCUUUCUAAUGGACAAUAAGGUUUCUUUUUAUGUUUAAUGUUUUUCAGUUAGCUUUAUUUUA